AUGCCUCCCUCGAUGACGGUCAAACAUGGCCACGACUGCCUCGGUUACGCUUUAGAUGCCGUUCCAGACGCCCUUCUCUCUCGGAAGACGAACCUGAGCAGCGCGCUGGUUUCCCUCGUCGGCAGAUCGAGUUCCUCAGAGCCCCAGCCCAUAGCUACUCCGGGACGAUUUGUCGAGCAAACCCUAGUUGACCCUCUACGCCGUCGAUCACUGAGCUCCACUCAGUCGCCAUCAUCGACGGCUCUACCGCGUUCAAACAUCAAUGCAAAGCCGCGACGGACCGCGAAAAACAACGAGCCAAAGCGAGGCCAACUGUUCCUCAAUGCGAUCAUUCGACACCUCGAGGAGAUCAUUGCAGUGACGGCAAGGCGGAUCCAAGUGGCCUCGAGGAACAGUUGGCCUCGCUUUGGCUCGUUGUUUUUCGCGCAGUCCGUCGCGGCUUUGCAUUGA